GACGACGUCAAUACCUGAAUAUUGUUCUGGAGCCGCCUCCCUGUCGUAAGUGACACCGCAUGUCGUAUGGUCAGUGAGGUUGAGACAGUGCGGAGAUGGUACGGUGAUUUAAUUAGAGUGGCCCCCUUCCUCGUGCUGUCUUCGUUCGACCCCGCGUCCCAAGCGGUGAGGACGAUCAGACAAAAGUGCGUCAAAAAGCUUUGCGAUAUGUCAGAGCAGAUGAACGCGGGAAACCCAGUGGGGCCGAGAUGCCCUUGCCAGUGAGUGAUACUAUACAGAGCAUACAUGUGGCAGCGUUUCCAACGAGACUCUGCCUUGCGAUUUGCCAGGACGAGAAUUGAAUACUCCAGCAUAACGGGGUGACAGGCGGCGAUUAUGAAAUCAUCGGUGUAUCUCUCAGUGGAAAACGAGCAUGGAUCUGCGUCAUAAGACGACGAUCUUGACCACCAAGGCCUGGACGACGGUGUUUUCGAGGAGACCAGAAGCUGUG